AUGCCCAAACGUACCCUCGCCGAUCGCUCCCCUCAUCAGGAGGCUGCGUCCGUCAAAGCCGGCAAUGCCAACACCACAGCCGGCGCCAGCCCCGUUCCCGCCCCCAAGGGCAAGAAGGCUAGAGCCAAGGCCAAAAAGCAAGACAAGGCCAAAGCAGAAGAAAACAAAUCCAACGUCGCGAUGGGACCCCCCGAGACUAAGCGCCAGGACGUCAAAAAAGAGUGCCCUAAGCUGGCGCUGGCGCGGCUCUGGGCUAAGAAGGCGGUGGAUCUCGAGAAGCCGUUGGACGAGCUCCAGUAUUCCAUCAAUCCGAUUCCGUUCAAGAUUGGAGAAGAUGGUAAAAUACACCCCGCCGAGCCUCAGACUAUCCCCCGGUAUGAGGGCUCAGUGCGCAGCAUGUCCGCUCUGACCAAGGAUGCUAUCGCGGACAUCCUCAGAAAGACCAAGCCUGACUGUCCCAAAGCGCAGGCGUGGAUCAAGGCGCAGGAGGGCAGCAAGCUGGCGCGGGAGCGCAUGCAGGCGACUAUGGGUGACAGAGAGGAUCUUCGCAAGAAGGUGGUUCAGAAGAUUCGUGACCAGGCCCGUCUGGCGGCUGUGCAUUCUGGGGCGCCGAAGCAUGAGAUUAAGAAUUUCUUGGCGGGGAUCCCUGAUCGUAGGGAGGAGGUUAAGGGGCAGGAUGAGAACAUUCGUGAGAGACAGGAUGAGGGUCAACCUCAGGGACAAGACGGGAAUGGAAUUCAGGGACAGGGUGAGGAAGAUCCUACAGGCCAUGGGAACGCGAUGGACGUCGACAUGGAGGACGACGGUGAGCAGAGGAAUGCGUCCUAUGAUAGUGACGACGGCCACAGAAAGAAGAGAGGCGGUAAGAAGGAAAAGACCCUCGAGGAGCGUCAGUUGCAGAGAGUCAUUGAUGCCCAUGAAAAAUUCCUUGUGAAGAUGAACGAGAUCACUUCGGGACUGAGGAACAUCUAA